AUGUUCAUUAUUUAUCUCCUUAUUUUAGGCGGAGUCCAUGGCAUCUCAGUAAACGUCACCUCCCAAACUGUAGAGACUAAGAGGUGUUCGGAUGGUUAUGUACGGUUUGAAGACUCUUGCUAUCUUCUAAACAAUGAAAUAUCUUCUUGGAUAGAAGCUCAGCAAAUGUGCAUUUUAUUUGAUGGCAGUUUGAUUGAAGUGGAUUCUCCGGAGGAAUACACAUUUAUUCAAGGCUAUCUUAACGAACACGGACAACAGGAAGGAAAACAGAUCCACCAGUUUACUCGCCGUGAUCAGUAUGGGAACAGAUAUAAGUUGGACUAUGAUAGCUACGCUGGGUAUUGGAUGGGAGGGCAUUCGAUGGAACUGCCUGGGCACUGGUUUUGGAGCAAAUCUAAACAAAAGGUUGACUUCAACAUUAUUGGGAGUUCCUCUAUCAAUAUAACCGAGAGCAGUUGUCUUUCCUUUGACAAAGCUAAUUUAUUUCAGGCUCGGAAUAAGGCAUGCCACACUCAGAUGUAUUCAAUCUGUGAGAAAGCACCAUAUACCGAAUAAAUUCAUGCUUUAACAACGUUAAAAAAGUGGAUUUUAAUCACAAACUGUAUGAUAAUCCAAUCUUGUGUAUAAAAAAAAACAGUGUAUUUACAUUUAACCAUUC